ACAUAUCCCAUCCUACUAUCUUUUAACUUGCAGCAGAUCGAACAGACUCAUACGCCAUGUCUGUAACACUCCACACAACCCACGGCGACCUCAAGGUCGAGCUCUUCUGCGAAGCGGUCCCUAAGACAGCAGAGAACUUCAUCGCCCUCUGCGCCAGCGGCGCCUACAACAACACCCCAUUCCACCGACUCAUACCAGGCUUCAUGAUCCAAGGCGGCGACAUCUCCCUGAACCCCUCCCUCACCUCCUCCUCUUCGUCCGCCAAACCCCCCCUCCCCUUCGAAGACAUCCCCAAAGGCGGCACCUCCAUCCACCACCCCUCAGCGCUGAAUCAAGAAAUCCACCUCCCUGCACUAAAGCACAACACGCGGGGAAUCCUCUCGAUGGCGUCGCGGCCCGUGAAGGAUAGGACAGCACCGGGAUCGCAGGGCGCAACCGGAGCUACGAUAAACGGGAGCCAGUUCUUCGUGACGUUUGCGCCGGCGCCGCAUUUGGAUGGCGCGAGUACGGUGUUUGGGAAGGUGUUGAAUUUGACGGCGCAGGAUGAGGGAGGGGAUGUGUUGGGGAGGUUGGAGAAGGCGAAUGUUAAGGUUGAUAAGAAGGGGAGGGUGGUUCAGCCGAAGGAGGGGGAGGAAUUUGAGGCGUUGAGGAUUGAGAGGGUUACGAUUCAUGCGAAUCCGUUUGCAAAGUGAGAUGGCUUUUAUGGGUAUAUUUUGUGGUCGGUUGAUAUGGUCAUGGCCAUGUUUUACGUCUAUUGUGAGAUGUUAGGAUGCCGUGCUUGAUGCUGAGGUCCGGGCCGGGGAACUCUAUGCGCGGCACUAGGGUGUCGGUAUCGCGAUAGCUCGGCUCGGCUCGUCUCACUACUUAAGGCUACCAGCGUCGCUCAAUGCCUCAUUCAUUGUCCGUGAUGGGCCGAGGUGCGAGCUUCUUAGAUGCUUGGUGGAAUCCAGAUACAGAGCGAGAACCCGACUGGGAUCGCCCAUCUACUAUAGUGUAAUGAUAAACGAAACAGACAGCCAGUCAUCUAUA